AUGGCUAAACAAUACGAGAUUACAGGAGAUUUAGGGUAUAAUGGAUUCCCCGUAUCUUUAAAUUAUAUCACCCACUUGCCAGAUAUAUCUACUUUAUACAACCCCGAAGUAGUUGUGAUUUUCAAAUCGUUAAUGAAAAGAGACCCCAAAACCAAGGAGAAAGCGUUAAAUGAUUUAUUAACAGUAUCAGCUAUUGACGACUCCACAAUUAUUGCAUGGCUUCAAAUGUAUCCAAAACUUGCCUUGGAUAAUUCUAGAAGUGUUCGUUUAUUGUCUCAUCAAAUUCAAGCCAAUUUCCUAAAAAUUGUUGGUGGAAAGACAUAUAGCAAAUAUUUGAAAAGUUCAAUGCCUAUAUGGUUAAUGGGGAUGUUUGAUACAGAUAAAUCUGUAUCCUCAAUUGCAUAUAAAACAUUAUUACAAUCAUUUCAAGGAGAUAGUUCCAAAUUGAAUAAGACUUGGAGUAUUUUUGAAGAACAGAUUAUCAAUUUGAUUGGGACCAUUGUCAGUAUAGAAACAUUGGAAACUUUAUCAGACAGAAGAUACACUAGUGAAUCGGAAAUGGUGUCAAAAUAUGAUCGAGCAUUAGUUUGUGGCAUCAAUAUGUUGAGUAAAUUGCCAGAUGAAACCAUUGUCCCCAUAUUAGAAGAAGAGUCGUUAUGGGAUCAUUUGAGCACCUGUCUCAAAGAAGAUAAUAUGGAUUUGGUGUUAUUCAAAAACUUGUUAUUGCUUAUAACCAAUUUAUCAGAUGAAAACUUACAAUUGGUCUACAAACUAGUUUCAAAGAAGUUUAUCAAGAUUAAAUUCAAGUCCAAUAAAAUAUCCGGAAGUAUAAUUUAUUCCAAUGUGAUCAUACCAUUCUGGCAGGCUAUAGUACGAUUAACUGAAUUUGGCAUUAAUAAUAAUUUGAAGAAGAAUUUCUGGGAUCUAGCAGGUAGUAAAAGUUCUACUAGGUUUUACGAAUACUUGAAACUUGGUCCAUGCAAUCUGGAUCCAACUUACUACUCAUUGAUUAUCAAAGUAUUUCAAGAUUUACAGCAGAAGUUAGAUGUUGUUGAUUUUAACAGCCAGGAGGAAUAUGAUUAUGUGAUUAAUUUACUACUGAAGCAGUAUUCGACAACUAUGGGAUCACUCAAAGCAGGUGCAUUWAAWUUGUGCAUUAAAGACACUGGAUUUAUUUACCGUGGAAUCAACUGUAUUGAUUGA